AUGAAGCGCAUUGACAUAACCACAACCAAAUACCCCCUACAAGUGCUUGCAGAUUUCGACGUUGGAUCUGCUAAUAAUGUCUACCAGCAAAUGUGGACGACAAGCAUUCGAACCCUCUCAAAUUGCAUGCAUGAUUGUUAUGAGGAUUGUCCAUUCUAUGAGCAACUUCAAUAUGCAAUGGACACCAGAAGCUCAGCCCUCUUCACAUAUUGUUGCGCAGGCGAUGAUCGCCUAGCACGGCAGGCAAUCAUCCAGCUUCACAACUCAUACUCACCAGAAGUCGGACUCACGGCUAGCCGCGCACCAGCUCACCAGCUCCAACUGAUUCCACAUUUUUCCCUAUUCUGGAUCUGUAUGAUAAGCGAUCAUUUUGGAUACUUCAAUGACGCCAAAUUUGUUCGUCAAUUCUUGCCCGUGUGCGACGGCGUGUUGGAUUCGUUUGCUCGUCGCAUUGACUCUACGCUUGGUCUCAUUCAUUUGUCUGACAGCUCGGAGCAAUGGGAUUUUGUCGAUUGGGCAGAUUCAUGGAAACCAUUGGGGAUUCCACCAGCGGCUGUAAGGACUGGUUUCGCAUCAUUUACCAACAUGUUGUAUGCAUACACUCUAAAGCGAAUCUCGGAAGUUUUGCUUUCUGUGGGUCGUCCAGGAGUUGCUGAAGAAUACCAAUUGCGAGCUGAUGCAACCCUGCUUGCGCUGAAAGUCCACUGCUUUGAUGGACACCUCUUCACAGACGGGUUAGCCUCUGAUGCUGAUUGUGACAAUGAUUAUAGCCAGCACGGUCAGGUUUGGGCAGUGUUGUCUGGUGCCGCUACAGGCGAUUUGGCUUAUGAUAUCAUAUCUGAAUGCACUGCAGUGUCUGGUUCUAAGAGCUUUACAGCAACAUCAACGGCGAUGUCCUUUUACACACUUCGUGCUAUCUCAAUGGUCGGGGGUAGCCUUUAUGACGAACGCUUCCACAAAUUUUGGGGGUCAUGGAAAGAACAGUUGUCGAAUGGCCUGACCACGUGGUUGGAAGAUACAGUCUCCCAACGAUCAGAUUGUCAUGCAUGGGGAAGUUCGCCGAUAUAUGAGUUCACGACUGAGGUUGCUGGUGUUCGAAUGGGUACAGCCGGAUGGAAAACAAUGACCUUCCAUCCACGGGUCGGUUUGUUCCCAACACUCGAUGUCAAAGUUCCCUUCGGGCUCCCUGGCUCAUCUGGCAUUGCACAUGUUCAUUGGGAAUCUGAGGGCAGUACUAUCAAAGUUUCGUUGUCAUUAAAAAUGAACACUGGGGACUCUGCAAGCAUACCAAUUCGAGUGGUCUUUCCAGAUGGGCAUGAGGAGAUGAUAGACGGGGCCGAAAAUAUUGAACUAACCUUGAAUGCUAAUUGA